CUUGCACAUUGUUUUGCAGAAAUGUCCAAACCGAAGAUAAUGUUCGAGUAAAUACAUGUGAAACUCAUCAGGCUCAGUCCAGAAAUGCUCGUCGUAAAAAAGACAGGAGACAAUGGAUCAAGGAAUUAAAGCCUACAGAUGUUCAAAAUAGUGAAAAACAGAUUUCAGCAAAUGUCACUUGUGGUGAAUCGACUGAGCAGCAAGAGGGAGAACAGAUCAUUGAACUUGAGAAAGAUAUUGUUCCUGUUGCAAUUCGACCAGGUCAUAUUCGUUUUCUUCCUUUAGAUGAAGAGCAGAGCCAAUGGCAACCACAGAAAAGGAUGGAAACUCGUCAAUGGAAUGGGACAACCAGCAUGAAGAAGGGACAAAACUGGAGUCAGGAGAAAAUGGGCGGAAACUGGAAUGGUGCUAACGGUUAUAAGGGGCAGCCUGCUUGGAAAGACAAGACUAUGAGCAAAGGGAAUGAGGAUAAUGGUUAUAGGGGCCAAAAAUGGGCUAGGGAAAAGACUCUGGGCAAAUGGAAUGAUGAUAGUGGUUAUAGGGGACAAAAAUGGGCUAGGGAAAAGAAUAUGAGCAAAUGGAAUGAUGAUAAUGGUCAUAGGGGACAAAAAUGGGCUAGCGAAAGGACCGGGAGCAAAUGGAAUGGUCCUAAUGGUUACAAAAGAGAGAAAUGCACUUGGGAUGACACCACUAUCAAAUGGAAUAAUGGUUAUACAGAACAUGCUAACAAAAAAGAGAAGUUUGUGAGCAAAUGGAGUAAUGCUAAUCGUUGUACAGAACAGUGUAAUGUACAGACUAGCAACUGGAGUGAUGCUAAUGGUGAACAGUCUAACAAGAAGGCUUUAUCUGAAAAAGGGAUGAACAACAGUUGUCUGAUAAAUUUUGAAAGCCUUUUCCCUUUAACUCGCAUUCCUCAGGUCGGCGAUGUGCUUGCGUAUCGGUUAAUUGAGAUGUCAUCCUCAUGGUGCCCCGAGGUUUCUUCUUUUAGAGUAGGUCUAGUUACUUCAUAUAACUACAUAUCUUUGAGUAUUAUCCUGGUCCCUGUACCUGAACACCCUAUUCACUCUCAAGCAAAUUUCUCACCUUACAAAGAAGAUGGCUCUUUACAGAUUCACUAUCCGUCACUUGUUGAUGUGCGUUUACUCAAAGCCAGUGAUUCUGAAGCAACAACUUCAGAUUAUUCUGGAAGAGAAGUGAACACUCAACAAGCAGCUCAUGCAAACAACUGGGAACUAGCAGUUGCCAAGACCAAGCUGGAUAAUUCCGGAAGAGAAAUGAGCAGCCAGGAACAUGUCAAUAACUGGGAUCUAUUGGCUGUCAACAGUAAUGCAAAAGGUUCCGUUGUGCAACCCACAGACAGUGGAAAUGCAAACGGGUCUACCUGGGACCAAAUCAAACAGGUCCUGAAUGAUAAAAGGGCACAAUUGCAGAACAAGAAGGAUGGCUGGGACGAAUGGACCCCUAAUAAGAGCACCCCCAAUACUUCAUGGUCGUACGAGGGCUUGAGAAGGAACGCAGCGGGGUCUACUUUUACCUAUCAAAGAGGUAAAAAUAAUAAUAACAAGCGCCCUUUUCGAAAGUAAGUCUCAUGAGCAUGUUUUAGAAAGUAUGUGAUGUUUUGGUUUGUGGUUUGUGAUUUUGUUAAAAUGAAGAUGUGUUUACAGUAGUCUCGUACUUUUAGAUAUUUUCAGAGGUUAAAUUCAUUUUCUUGUUGAAGAUGAUGGUAUUUCCCGUACUUCUGGAAAGGGAAAAUGUGGUUGUGCUUGUAAAAAGUAUGUUGGAAUCUCUAGAUGUUUUACUUGGAGCUCUGUCAAAUUGCUUAAUGUAUUUUAGUUUUUGAUC